AUGUGUACCCCGAAAUCAGCUGGUGGCCUCAACUUGAUCAAUCUCCAGCAGUGGAACAAGACUGCUAUAGCCAAAACUUGUUGGGACCUGAAGCACAAACAAGAUAAGCUAUGGAUCCGAUGGAUCCACGCUUAUUACAUUAAGGGGCAACAAUUCCAUGAGGCUGCUACACCACAACAAGCCUGCUGGAUGGUGAGAAAGGUUUUGGAAGCAAGAGCCAUAACUGAACACAUCCAACAUAGGCCGAAUCUUGGUAAGUCACUUAUCAAGAUCGUUUAUCUACAACUAAUUGGGUCUCAGUCGAGACCUCCAUGGAAAUGCUUGAUGUUCAACAACUCAGCCCGGCCUAAAGCCAUAUUCACUAUGUGGUUGCAACUACAAGAUAGACUGCUUACUACUGAUAGAUUGCAGAAUUGGGGUAUCGAUGUGAAUAUAGACUGCAUCUUUUGCCAGAAUCAAAUGGAGACAAGAGACCAUUUAUUUAAGGACUGUGACUACUCCACUGCCAUAUGGAGGAAACUACUACUGUGGUCUCGAAACCAAAAUUUUACUAGUACAACUUGGGAGGAGCAUGCUGGACAGAUCGUGCGGAAAGGGAAAGGUAAGUCAGUAGGUGCCCAGAUCUUCAGAUUGAUUUAUGCUGAGUUUGUGUAUGCGGUGUGGCUAGAAAGAAACCAGCGGAUCUUUGAGAAAAAAAGCAAGAAUUGGGAGUCAGUUGCUCGGGAAAUUGCCUUUAUGUGUAGUGUAAGAGCUAGUCCAAAAAUUGCACCUGUACUUCAACAGUUUAUCUUUACAUAG